ACUGUGGAUAUCCGUAGAUGAAUGCAGGUUUAGCUUUCGUGUUGAAAAAGUAUAAACCGAACUUCGCUCCGAGAAAAUGGUAUAUCCCCGCUGUCCGGUUGCGCGUGUGGACUAUUUUGACUGACACACUGGCGAGCACAGACACGACGGGUUUGUUAAGUCACUGAACGGGUAGAUGAAUAAACACGAUGGUGGGAGUGAAGUGCAGGUCUGAGCAGGUGAGGGUGUGAUCCCUCCACGAUUGGUCAACAAAGAGACCGACAUCCUGACAGAGCGAGACUGUCAGAGGAGAAGAAGAAUGGCUCGAAAUGUUAGUUUUGACCUGAGCCACCCCCUCAUGGAGGCUGGACUGGAGAGCCCAAUAGAUGAGGAAGGGGUUCAUGACUCAUUCAGCCAGCUGAUAGCAGAGCAGAGUCAGAAUGGGGGACUGUCUGACGCCCUCGAGCUGCAGCAGCUGCAGAGACAACUGGACGAAGAGGAUCGAGACAAUGUCCCCUACCUCUCCAGUCCUGGACGUGAGAAUAAGAGAAGGAAGACGGUGCGAAGGGACGCAGAAUUGGAGGACGAUGAAAGACAGGUAGAUCCCCUCAUAGGUGAACGAUGGUCCUCGGCAACCAUGAAGGUCCUGUCCUCCAUGCCCAGCCGCACAAUCGGUCGCAGCAGGGGUGCCAUCAUCUCGCAGUACUACAACAGGACCAUGCAGCUUCGAAGACGCAGGCAGAGCAGACCCGCCAUCCGAGACUUCUCUCGCUCUGCCAGACCGAGCAUACGCGGCUACGGCAUGGAGGCCGACAGCACGGACGCAGAUGUAGAGGGCAUAGAGUUAAGCAAGAGGGAACGUUUGGUGAACAACCUGCAGAACCUGUCAGUGAGUGACAGAGUCCGAAUGCUCAGAGGGAUGCCUCUCAGUGUGGCUGAGAAGAGUGAACUCAGGAGGUUAGCUUCACAAAAGGAGAAACGCACAUUUUCUGGCAGCCAGAUUCCCUGUUGCAGUCGACUCAAGUAUUACAUCAUCAUUGGUGCAAGACAGAGUUGGUACAGCUGGCUGUCCUUCCUGCACUCCCUCCAGCUGUGGCAAGUGGCGCUGAAGAGAGUGGGCGGGCGUUUCGGCACUGGUGUCCUCUCAUACUUCCUGUUCCUUAAGACCCUACUCUUCUUCAACAUCUUCCUGUUCCUGGUGACCGGUGCCUUCUUAGUGCUGCCUCAGGCAGUGCACCCUCCAGUGCUGCCUGCAGGAAGAAGUCCCUUCUCUGGACUGGAGCUCCUCACCGGAGCGGGUUAUUUCUCGGACACAGUGAUGUACUAUGGAUACUACUGCAACUACACACUGGGUGGGAGCUGCGGGGAUGAUGGUGGAGGACAGAAUGUCUCUUUGUCCAAUCAAACCAGGCUGGACUGUGUGUCGUAUAAAAUGCCACUUGCAUACUUCUUCACAAUAGGAGUGGCUUUCUUCAUCACAUGUAUCAUUCUUGUGUAUAGCAUGUCAAAGUCAUUCGGUCAGAGCUUCCGAAUCGACAAAUCUCACAGUAUUUUGGCCAUGAAGGUCCUCUGCUCCUGGGACUUCAGGGUCAUUAAGAAAACUUCUGUCAGACUCAUGUCUGAGAAUAUCUGCACCCAGCUCAAGGAGCUGCUAGCAGAGGUGACUCAUAAGCAGGUCAAGACCACUGCCUGCCAGAAGCUGGGGAGACUGAUGGUUCAUGGCUUGGCAUGGGCUAUCUGCAUAGCAAGCACCGUUGCCUGCGUGCUUGGUAUUUACUACUUCUCUGAACACAUGCACCAGAACCUCCAGCAAAGCUCUCGUCGCACCAUCAAGAACCCCUUGUUGAACGAGGCCAGCCUGCUGGCUCUCCCUGUGGUGGUCUCCCUCAUCAACCUGCUGCUGCCCGGCCUGUUCAACCUCGCAGCCUGGAUGGAGGACUAUGACUCACCAUCUGUACGCACAUAUGUCGCCAUCAGCAGAAACUUGAUGUUGAAAGUCAGCGUUCUUGGAGUCCUGUGCUACCACUGGCUGCAUCGGGUGGCUUCUGACCCUCAAAGUAUUGGACUGAAGUGCUGGGAGAGUUUUGUUGGCCAGGAGCUUUAUCGUUUCCUACUUAUGGAAUUCAUCUUCACUCUACUGGACACCUUGUUUGGAGAGUUCCUUUGGAGGUUGUUCUCUGAGAAAGUGCUGAAGAGGAGGAGGAAACCAGUGUUUGAUAUUGCCAGGAACGUCCUUGAACUGAUCUAUGGACAGACUUUGGCCUGGUUGGGCGUUCUCUUCACUCCUCUCCUGCCUGCAGUGCAGAUUCUCAAACUCUUGCUGCUCUUCUACAUUAAAAAGGGCAGCGUGAUGAUGAACUGUCAGGCCCCCAGAAGGCCAUACAGAGUCAGCCAGAUGACCACCAUCUUCAUAACUCUCCUCUGCUUCCCCUCCUUCCUUGGUGCCUCUGUGUGUGUCACAUACACCAUGUGGAGCAUCACGCCCUCCACAGCGUGCGGUCCGUUUCGUGAGCUCAAAACGAUGUUCCAGGCGGGGAAGCUGUGGGUGGAAGAACUGGAAAGAGAUAAUCCCAACCUGUCUGUGCUGGCCAGAGCUCACUCCUACCUGGUGGAAAACCCUUUCUUCCUGUUUGUGGGAGCAGGCAUCUUCCUGAUUGUCAUCUACUUCCACAGUCAGGUGGUGGACGGUCAAAGGAAGAUCAUCAAUUUACUCCAGGAGCAGAUAGAAAACGAGGGAGAGGAUAAGAAGUUUCUGAUCACUCGCCUCCAGUCAAUCCACGAGCAAAAACGAACGCCCGCACGAAGGCUCAAAAGUCAGGACUCCAGCUGUUGAGAUCCCAAGCCUCGUCAGUUCUCUGAGCACUGAGGUCUGGAGAAAUCGUAAAUCAGCGCAGAUAUAACUGGAAUAAUCACAGAGAAGGACAACUGUAUAUACGACCAAAUUGAAAUGUAUCAUGCAUUUUAAAUUUGGCCUGGAUUUUAAUACCUGGAGCAUUUGUAGAGAGGCAAAACAAACCAAGUGGAAAUAUCAGCUGCUUUAUACAGUGCUGUUUAUAGAUGAAAUGCCUGAAAUUAAAUGUUGCAGACGGUGAGUUUAAACUGAGAAAUCUUAUAGCUGACAUAGAUCAGUUCACACGGAUUUCAGUCAUCCCUCGUAAAAGCACUUUCAUAUCAACUGUGAAGAAAUCGUUUUUAUUCUUAAUUCCGGUGCAAAAAAAACUGUAUGUAGUCUACAAUGUUUCUUAAAUGCUUUUAAUGUUUUUUAAAAUAAUUUUAUCAGUGUGUAUGUUGUAGGUAAAUGUUGGAUGUUGUGGGUGUGAGUAUGUAACUGGAUUCCAUUUUAUAUCAAGUUUCUCCUUUUAGGGUGAUAACUGUCAUACUGUAGUCAUUAAAUUAUGUUUUUAUCACAUCAA